GUUCUCUUCACUUCCUGUAAAAUUAUGCACAGCAGACGCAGCUACAUGUGAAACACAGACAAAGUCCCCGCACAUUAGUUAGAGGAGUGAGAUAAUGGAUAACGUCUCAUCCGCCUCGUGAAGAGAUUAAAACCCCACUGCAUGAGAUGGCGUAGUAGGCUUGAGGCAGAGGAGAUGCCAUGGACACCUUAGCUGGAAUACAGCUCUCCCCGGGGAAAGACCUUGACCAAAUAGCGGAGGUCAGAGCAGAGAGACGUGAAAACCUGCGAGGACGCAACAACGUGACUUCAUGCUGCAGCCCGACGAGAGAGUUUGACACAAAACUGAUCAAAAAUGAACUGAAAGAAAAAAGGCAUCUGGAAUUUCUGAGGAGGAGAUCGUUAAGCCCGGAGCUGUGCGGUUUGAAGUCUGCAAGGACGAAAACAUCACCAAAGACAUUCUCAAUGAGACAUCACAGUUUGAGCAGGAAAUAUCAAACAAAUACAAAUAUCCAAAAUAUUCCCACAGUUAAUGGGCAUAAAAAGAUGAUUUUAACACCCAACAGUAGCACAACUGAUGGCCCAAGCACCAGCACAUGGGCCUCCAUAUGGUCAGAGCAGGUAACACUGAUGAGGCAAGAGAAAGAUCAUUCAAGGAAGCAAACAUCUACCUCCACAACAAUGACGAAGGACUCAAACCAGCAGAGGAUGAAAAGAGAGAAUAGUAUUAAUGCUCAAAAGACGAGCAUCAAAACAGUCAUCCAGACAGAAAACUUUCAGCGGACAUUUUCCCAUCAAACCGAAAAUAUUCUACAAAAAAAGAAACUCCGGGAUGCGGGCGUGCAGACAGUGUCCGGCCUAGUCACUGUCAAAGAAUCGGAUGUCCAGAGGUUAGCUGAGUACUUGCAGGAGGCCCUGUGGAGAGAGGAGGUCGUGAAGCAGAAGCUGGCGGCGCUCCAGGAGAGCACGUCAAGCCUCAUGAACUCCUCAAACAAAAUAUGGACAGCUCGCUGCAGUGAAGACCUGCUGAGAAACAAGAUCAAGGCUCUGGAGGCGCAGCUGCAAGUCUGCCUGCAGAAGUUUCCGAAAGAUGGAGUGAGGAAACUGGUGGUACAGAUGGAGAAGCAGAAACUGAUAUAUGAGGAGAAAGCCCUGGUUGCCCUUCAGAGGGCCACACAGGAGAAAACCGAGGCCCUCAGCAAGGCUGAGACACUGCAGGAAGUGCAAAUUACGGCACAGGCAGAGGCAGUGAAGUGGCAGAGCCUGUAUGAGGAGCUGAAGCUGAGCACUGGUCAACUCAGGGAGACCCAGCACCUCAGUAAUGAACGGCUGCAACAGCUACACAGCCAAGUGGAGCUGUCCCGGAGCAGAGAGGCCGAGCUGAGGGAGGACGUGCUGUCUCUGAGACGAGAGAACAAAGAGCUGCGGAGCAACAUUUGCCUGCUGGCGGAGGACAACCACAUUUUAAGAGAAGAAAUUCAGAGAGUUAGAGAUGGCUGCAAAGAAAGCCAGAGCUUCGAGAUGCAGGAUGUUCUGACGUCGGAGGAAGCGGAGCCACAAGUGACGCUGAGGAGAGACUCUGAGAUGGAGGAGCAGCUCCGUCACACUCAGGAGAAACUCCAGCUCAAGGACAGAGAGUGUGAGGAGCUGCAGACGGAGCUGCAUGCUUUGGAGCAGGAGUGUCAGUCCAGCCAGGCCCGGCUGUCGCAGUGCAGGGACGAACUCCGACAACUCAGCCACCGACGCAGGACACUGCCGCUGUGUGGCCCCUGGUGGACAGUGUGUGUGUUCUUCCUCCUCCUCCUCUUCACGGUGGCAGGGGUUAUCAUGUUGUGGCUGUGGCAUCCUCCUUUCAGGGAGCAAGUUGAAGACCUGUACUCAGACAUAGAGACACGCAUCGAAGACUAUCUCAUGGAAAUGGCCUCUCCUCAACACUCAGGCUGUUUUAGACCAAUAUGAUUAUGUCAUUGUUCAGGAUUAUUUUGUUGUUGCUGUUGUUUUAAAAUAAGAUUUUUAUUGGAUGUAAUUCAUUGUUAUGUUUGAAACUUGGAACUUAAAGUGUGUGUGACAUAGAAACAUGUUGUGUUGACAUGUGGCAAAUGUACUGUACAUGUGUGCAAACUGUUCAAAUACAUAUGCAGUGUAAAAAUGUAA